AUGCCUCCGCGCCACCAACCACAAGGGGCAGACCUUUUUCACAUCCCGGGCGAUAUGCGAAAGGUUAUAGAAGAUCAGCCAGCCCUGUCUAUCAUCUUAAGAUCGAUGAGCUGGCCCAAGGAGAGCUACACGGACCACAAGUUCGUAGACAUAUUCCAGACGGUGAGCGGCGCUUUUCAGAACGGCGCUAUGGACGUAAUAGAGCUCCACAGCAAGGUAGAUCGACGGACGAACGGCACCCCCUCAGCGUACUCGCGUCUAUUUCGAACGACCGAAGACAAGGCCUCCAACCCCGAAGCUGGACCCCUUCGCGAGCUAGGUAACGCGGGAUCAGCCGUCGGGACAUAUGCGAGAGAGAAGGCGCUCUUAGGAGUCAGAAGAUACGAGGCAAAAGCUGCCCAGAUCGCCGCUCCGCAGCCACCUCCACAGCCGCAACUGGACCAGGACAAUCCUGCCAUUCCUGCAGCAGCAGGCAAUAACGCCAUGUCGCACAUAGGAAAUCAGGCUACGGAGCCUUGGCCAACACAAAGGGAACAACCGGAACUUGACGAUAAUUUUGGCCAUGCACCUCCUAAUCAUACCUCGCUAGCCGGCCGUAAAUUCGCCCCCCCCUGCUGUUCGCAGAGAGGAAUCUGA